AUGAAAGUCAAGAUUCUUGCGAGAGAAACAAUCAAGCCAUCCUCACCCACUCCCAAUCACCUCAAGAUUUCCAAGAUCUCUCUUCUGGAUCAACUCUCUAUGAUCGAAUACACUCCUUUCAUUUACUUCUACCCAGCAAAUGGUCACUACCAUGACAAUGAACGCUCAAUGCUUCUCAAGAUAUCUUUGUCCAAAACUCUCACCCUAUACUACCCAUUUGCUGGAAGAUUCAGAGAUAACACCUCUAUUGAAUGCAAUGAUAAGGGUGUUGAGUUUGUGGAAGCUCGAGUAAUCGACUGUGUUUUAUCGGACAUUAUUCAACAACCUGACAUCAAACAACUUCAAGAAUUACUCCCUGUCGAGGUCGAGUCUAAAGCAGCUGCCACAGGCAGUUUACUAGUUGUUCAAGCCAACUUCUUUAAAUGUGGUGGCAUGGCCAUUGCAAUAUGUCUUUCACAUAGAGUUGCAGAUGGACUGUCCUUUUUUACAUUUGUCAACACCUGGGCCUCCAUGGCCCACAACUCUGCAGAAGAUCACAACGUUGUCCAACCACAAUUUUCUAUUGGACCAUCUCUUUUUCCUCCACUGGAUUCCUCAUUGCCUCCCUUUGAAUUUCCUAGAGGCAAGUGCAUAAUGAGGAGGUUUGUUUUUGAUGGUUCUAGCAUCGCUGCGCUUAAAGGUAGCACCGCUAGUUCAACCGUGCAAAGACCUUCCAAGGCAGAAGCUGUGACAGCACUACUUUGGAAGUGUGCAAUAGCAGCAUCAAGCUCAGUCCAUGGAGUACUUCCGCGCCAAUCUAUCUGCUACCGCGCUGUAGACUUGCGAAGACGGUUUUCGCCACGUUUAUCGGACUACGCAGUUGGCAACCUUUUAGCCUCAGUUGGUACGCGGAUAAACGUGGAGAAAUGGAGAGAUCUGAACUUGAAAACCUUACUACACCAGCUGAGGAAAGCGAUGCAAGAAUUUAAGAUCAAAGAAGGUGAAAAUCUUAUAGGCGAACCGAACGAAGAGACGGAGAGAAAGGAAAGUGUUCACCAUUUUGCUUGCACUACUUUGCGUGGAAUGCCAAUGUAUGAAGCAGAUUUUGGCUGGGGGAAGCCAAUAUGGGCGAGUGUUACUAGUUUGUUGAUCCCAAAUAUGACUUUCAUACGAGAUACAAGGGAUGGGGAUGGAAUUGAAGCCUUGGUAUGGUUGGGUGAAGAAGAGAUGGCCAUGUUCGAACGUAACAAAGAAUUACUUGCUUUCGCUACUUUGGAUCCUAAUAUUCUUCAACAGCUCCAAGGCAGCUGCAACACAAAUUCCAUUUCAAAACUAUAGGUAAUCGAGAACAACUCAGCAAACGUGUGUCUUUUGGACAAGAUGCUAAGCCCAAAAUCGAGCCUAGACACACAUAAACUACUUGGAAAUAACUGUGUCAGUUUAUAAUCGAACUCUCGAUUUUAGGCGAGAUUAGUCUAGAGAGAUAAUUAGUUAUGUUAUCGCCAAGUGGUUAUUCUUUAUGUACUUGUUAAUGUCAAAUCCUUUAUUUCAAAAACUAAAGAGUAAGUGCGUGUAUUAUUUCAAGUGAUCUAGUCGUAAAAUUCAUUUCUCAA